UGGCAUGACAUUAUGGGCUGUAGUUUUGUCUCACAUGAGUUGUGCUUUGAAUCCUCUCAUUUAUGCUUAUGGAAUGCCAGGGUUUAAAAAGGCUCUUCGUGAAUUCUUCAACAUUAGUAAUACAGAUCAGACCAACACGGGUGUAUUCUAUUCGAAUUACUUGCGAUCUUCCGGUGUGCCUAAAUCUCAAGCUAGUCUAGAGAAUAGGCUAAAGAGGUAUCCCACUGAGACCCUGCGCAAGAUCUCAGCACCUACCCCAAACAUCAAGCGAAGCCUACAUGUGAGGUCGGAACGAGGGACACGAAGGCAGACAAUUGACGUUACUCGAUAGAUCAUGCACAGAAUGUUGCGUAUAUUUCUCUUUUGACUAUCUAUGUGUUGAAUUCAUCAUCAUGCGUGUAUAGAAUCAAUUGUAAAAUAGCUCUUACGACACUUAUCAUCGAGCUUUCACAGUCAGGAAUAUUUGUGAUCUUUUGCAUAUCAUUGCAUCAGUGAGUACUCAGAUCUCCAUCGCUCCGUGCAAGUCAAACUUUGUAUGGUUUUACUCAAGCAUAAAUCUUCUUCCCAAUAAAUUGCUCAUUGCAGUCAUCACAAUUAGCCACUCAGCUCCCUGGUAACCGGAGAAUAGCGCUCAUCUUGGAAAUAUACCUGAAUCACUUUGUAGGAUUUCGACCACUAAAACUGUAAAUUCUAAAAUUGCGCUCUAUGCUCUAUUUACC